AAAAAGAUCCAAUAAGCUCACACACAAAUAUACUUACACACAGGCUACAGACAUUCACACACAACACACACACUGCCCAUAAGCACCAGGGAGGGGCUGAGGGGUCCACAGCCUGCUGAUGCUGCAGUUUCUCAAACGGGUCAUUUUGUAGGUUAUAUGUGAGGAAUACAAAGGGAGCAGGAUUACUACGCACUAUGGAUGCAUGGAUACACACACACACACAUGCACACGUGAUCUCAGAGGUGGACAUCUCGUUUCUGCAUUAAAACAGUGUGACAUGGACAAGCAGCAUGCAUACAGCUGACAGUCAACAACAGCAAACAAUCAACUUCUGACUGCACAUGUGCACAUUUGUAUGUGUGCAGAAGUGACAAGAGAGCCGACAGAGGACAACAAUCUUCUGUACAUCAGUCCCCAGCAAAAGGCGAAGAAACGCCUUAAGGAUGCUCAUGUACUGUCAAGGCAGAAGCAGCUCUCUGUUGAGGCAGAGCGCAUCUCCAACAUAUUGGAAAACUGCAUCAGUCACAUUGAGAUUGCAGUGACUUUGGAGGCUCUCCUCGAGAAAGACAAUAUGCCUGUUUUCAUGGACAAGGAGAUGAGUAGAACACUUCAAGAGCAUCAAGUAGUCUGUGAAAGACUGAAGACACUAGAUAGUGUUAAGUUAACGUCACAUGGGGAGCAAGAUGGAGAAGGUGGGGAAGUUGGAGAGAGGAAAAUGGCUCAGCUUGAGAGGGCGGUCAAAAACUCUUUUAGGAACCUGCUGAGGUUUGUCAGAGGUAAACCUGAAGCCAUUUCUAGUCUGAAAGCAGAGCUAGGUAUGGGAGCCAGGGAGAGUGAGAACUCACUAAUUGGAGGGCUGAAGAAGUUUCACAAGAAAAAUAUGAAAAAGCUGCUGACCACCCCAGAGAAAGAGCAACAGACCCUCUAUUCGCAGCCGACUUCAUCCUAUGUCCUCGAAAAAGUGGAGAUAGAAUCAGUGGAAGAGGCAAUCACUGAAAUAGCCACAGCCAUCAAGGAAACUGAUGCACAGAUUUCUGAACUUGAAAAUGAAAUCCAAACUUUGGAGAGGUCCUUGAACGACAAAUACUUCCCGGAAGUGGAUGUGGCACUUCUUGCAGACAAACAGUGCAAGCCAUACAUCAAAACAGCAAAGAAGAAGCAAGACAGCAAACAACAGGAAAUUAAUCAGUUCAAUAUCCAGCUCAACAAUUUGUUCCUGAAAAACAGGAAGACAGAAAGAGUAAACCAAGAGAAAACUGAAAUGGUUAAGAUGGAAAUUGAAGACUUCCUCCGAAAAUUUGACGAAGAAAUCGAAGAAAUUCAGGGCAAUCUCGAGAGAAGUCAAAUAGAACUGGAGGGGGAUCAGGAGGAGUUGAGGAAUCUGGAGAAAUUCUACAAUGUCCUAGAGCUUGAGUACAGUCAAGUACAGGAGAGGCGUCAGCUGGCAGAAGAGAAGAGGAGGGAGGAGAUGAUAGAACUGGACCUGAAGACUAAGGCAGCUAUUUUGGCCCAAUCAUGGUGGAGAGGUUACAGUGUUCGUAAAGCCAUGAAAAACAAGGGCAAAAACAAGAAGGCCAAAAAGGGCAAAGGCAAGAGGACCAAGUAUUAAUAUGUUUGUUUUACAGUACUGACACAGACACACACUCAGUUUUUGCAUGUUUUUCCACUAAGUGCUUUCUAAAGAAAUUAUUCUUAUAUUGUAUAUUUAUUGUGAUUUUUGUUUGUGUAAUUUUUUAGAUUAAAGCUUUAGUGCUUGUUUCUUAGUGUCUUUGAACAAAAAUUCUAUAAUUACCUCUCAGCAUGUUAUAAUUCAAGUGGUCUGAGAGGACACAAGACUUCUGCAUCUAUACUUGCAGGUGUUUUCAGGCAGUACAUAAUCUACUCCUUGAUUAUUUGAUGAUGAUAGUCAGGGGUGUUUUCAGACAGGUAGGGGAGUUCAAUACUUGAAUUUAAUAAAGAAAA